AAAUUAGAUAAAUUUGAAAAAGACGAAAGGUAGGAAUUGAGUGAUGAUACUUGUGGCAGAGGUGUGGAUCUUAUCCAAACGGAUUGAAAAUUUAAGCUUCUUUAGAUAGAUGGGUUUAGCUCUGUGCUUUUUAGAAAGAGAUCAAAAUAUUUCAUCAGCUCAGACAUGGCUGCAUUGUUAGUCUGGGCGUCUUCUUGGACUGUUACUUCAUCUUCGCCAUGUCAAACUACCUCAUUGCAAAUAAAGCACGGCAAUGCAAAUACAUUCAGAGGGCAGUUUUUACAGAAACAAAGAAGUGGGCAAUUCAAGGUGAAGGGGGUUGCUAUGAGAGAAACAGCUCUGAUGGCCGACAUAGACGAGAAUUAUCAUGUAACUAAACUCUGCAAACAAGGUUUAUUGAAAGAAGCUCUUCACCAUUUACAGACCGUGGGAAAAAAUGGCACCAGGAUAUACCCAGGUACCUACGGUUCCCUAUUAAAUUUGUGUCUCGAAAAGAAGGCUUUGCCAGAAGCCCAGAUGGUACAUGAACACAUGAUCACAAAUGGCAUUAAGGUAGAUAGAUAUCUGGGUAACUAUCUCAUCAACGUGUAUUCAAAAUUAGGGCGCGUCGAGGUUGCCCGCAAACUGUUUGAUGAGAUGUCUGACGCAAAUUUUGUUUCAUGGAGUUCCAUGAUUGGAGGGUAUGCUCAGAAUGGAUUUGGUCCAGAGGCGCUGCAAGUGUUUUGCAGAAUGCUAGAGGCAAAUUUUUUUCCAAACAAGAUUAUAUUAGCCAGUGUUUUUCGUGCGUGUUCGAAUAUUUCGAUGUUGGAAACGGGCAAGCAGGUUUAUGCGUACGUUAUCAAGAGUGGAGAUAGUGUACAAGCAUCAACAGGGUGUGCUGUUGUUAAUAUGUUUAUGAAAUGUGGGCUUAGUGAGCUUGCACGCACAGUGUUUGACAGAUUGCCUGAGAAAACUGUUAUGACAUGGACUGCAAUGAUUGUUGGGUACAUUCAGAAUAAGAAUGAAAGUGAAGCACUCAGAUUGUUUUGUGAAAUGCUAGGCACGGGUAUGGAGCUGGAUCAAUUCGUUUUCUCGAGUGUUCUUCGGGCAUGUGGCAGCACGUUGGAUCUGCAUCUCGGAAAACAAAUGCAUGGAUAUAUCGUUAAGUAUGGAUUCCAAUCGGAUGUUAGUUCUGCAACUCCUCUUGUUGAUAUGUAUGCGAAAUGCAAUCGUAUAGAGGAUGCACGACAAGUGUUUGACAGAAUGUCUGAAAGAAAUGUAGUAUCAUGGUGUGCAAUGAUGGCAGGGUACGUGGACAAGGGCGAUGGGGAAGAAGCUCUCAAUAUCUUUAAACAAAUGCAGCGUGCAGGAAUGAAACCAAACCAAUUUGUUUUCUCCAGUCUUUUUGACGCAUGUGCCAAACUAGCAGCUCUAGAACAGGGGAAACAGGUCCAUGCUAAUUUUAUCAAGAGGGUAUCGAAUCCAUAUGGUGAGAUCAGCCUAGUGAACAUGUAUUCCAGAUCUGGAACCAUUGAUGAUGCACAAAAAAUAUUCAACAGAAUGCCGGAGAGAGAUGUGGUUGCCUGGACAACAUUGAUUGUAGGAUACGCACAGCAUGGUCUAGGAAGGGAAGCUCUUGAACUAUUUGAAAAAAUGCAGGUCGCUGGCGUGAAACCUAACCAUAUAACUUUUGUAGGUGUUCUUUCAGCAUGUAGCCACAUGGGCUUAGUUGAUGAAGGUUGGGAAUACUUCAAUUCUAUGAAUGGUACUUAUGGCAUUGAACCCACUGUAGAUCACUAUGCCUGCAUGGUAGAUAUCCUUGGUCGUGCUGGAUGCCUAGAAGAGGCAGAAGACUUAAUUAAUCAGAUGCCUUUUGAACCCAACGCUUUGGUAUGGCGAACCUUACUUGGUGCUUGUAGGGUCCAUGGCAAUAUGGAGCUUGGGAAACGCGCUGCAGAAUGUAUUCUUAAGUUGGAACCAGAAGAUGAUGCAACCUAUAUCUUGUUAGCUAACAUGAAUUCUUCUAUUGGCAAUUGGGACGAGGCAGCCAAUAUAAGAAAAGUGAUGAAUAAAAUGGGGAUUAAAAAGAAGGUUGGACGCAGCUGGAUAGAGGUAAAGAACAAGGUGCACACAUUUGUUGCAAGCGAUCGCUCACACCCACAAACAGAGGAGAUAUAUGGUAAGUUGGACUCAUUGAUUAAGGAAAUGAAAGAGAUAGGUUAUGUACCUGAUACAAGUUCUGCACUCCAUGACGUGGAGGAGCACCAGAAGGAGCACCUUGUAUGUCACCAUAGUGAGAAGUUGGCUAUUGCUUUUGGGCUUAUCAGCAUAGCCCACGAUUCCCCUGUUUUAGUAUUUAAGAACCUCCGUGUUUGCAGUGAUUGCCACACUGCCUCUAAGUUAAUCUCAAAAAUUGAGGGACGAGAAAUUGUUGUAAGGGAUGCUUACCGCUUCCAUCAUUUUAAGGAUGGAGUUUGUUCUUGUAAGGAUUACUGGUAAUUGUACAUGAGAUAAGGAGAAAAACAUUACUCUGCUCCUCUAUUCUCACUCAUGAACAUGUUUUGUGGGAUGAUCAGUAUAUGGUUGUAGUAUACAGGAGUUCUUUAUUGUUUGCCCUAAUGAGAACAUUGGUUUUCAAUGAGAUCAUCUUGUGCUCGCACAAUGCACAAGCCCUUGCUACAAUCAACAGGGUAUUUCCAUAGACUCUUCUCUUAGAAUGAGUGUGUAGCAAGACACUCUUUUACUCUCAAUUUGAUAUCACAAAUAAAGAUUAUGCACUGUACUACUAUAAACUAUGACAUCAGGUGCACAAAUUGCACAAAAUAUAUGUUUGGAUCAGCGCAAAGGGAUCCAGAUUACUAGAAGGUUUCUUUUGCUCACAGGCUUUUAUGCAGGCUGUUUAUUUUUAGAACAAGAAAUGCAGUUUUGUGGAGGCAUUGUCCUUUUUAAAGCAAACGUUUAUCUUUUCUUACACGGGCAAAUAACUUGGAGACUAAUGCAGUCUGAAUUUUCCUUCACAAAUGAAGGCAACUCUACUCUGUAUGGCACUACUAAAUACCUUGGGAUUGACGUUUACUGUAAGAUAUAAUGGACUAAAUAACGGUGUACUCAUGAAUGUUGGCCACAUCAUAAUGUAAUAGUUAAAACAAUUUUAUUAAAAUAAUCACGGAUUACAAGGGAA